UUUUGGUGUUGCUCCUGUCUUUGUUGCUGUGUACUUUGUAGCAGUCAUGGAUUGGGUUCAUUGCAAUUCCUGCUUCUAUCAGCCUGGUCAGAUCCCCAAACGAGACUUCAAGUUGACAAGUUGUGGACAUAUAUUCUGUCAAUGCUGUGAGAGAGGAGGUACAAUUGAAGCUUGUAAAAUGUGUGGCAUUAAAUGUACUACUACUGCACUUUCUGCUCAGAUGGCGAAAGAGGUCCAGGUGUACUUUGAGGAUCCAGAGAGCAGCCUAGACAAGUUGAGGAAGGUUAUGGAUUUCCAGAAAAGUCAUCGUCAGAAACUCAAUGAGAACUACAGGAGACUUUUUGAAAAAUACCAGAUGCUAAAAGUCGGCUAUCAAAAACUUGAGGAAGAAAUGAAAAGACUAAGGCAAGAACUGGAAAUAAUUAAAGGAAACACAAAUUGUGCCAACAUAUUGACACCACCACAAUCAUCAAACCAAUAUCCGUUGUUCAGUAAGAAUUCACAAGCUUCUAAGGUUAUUCGUUUGGGGAUGUCACAGCCAUUGGGCAAUGGUAACCCGGCCUCUCCUCUCUUUGUCACACCAUCCAAAACAGGUUUCAGCGGUCAACAGUAUAGAUUCCUGAAGACUCCUUCUACUCCAGGGUCUGAUGUCAGCAGCAACUCUCCUGCUUCCAUCUCCUGCAAUUUUGGCUUUCAAAACGUACAGGCUAACAACACAAGCCGUCCUAGCAGUGCCCAACGCCAGUAUAAGCCCAGUCUUUCACCUGCCAUGAACAGUUUGCGUCUACUCUCAGUUAAACCCAGAUACUGAAACGACAUUCUACAAUUUGGUUUCUUCAAAAUUUUGUUUGAACUACUUAAAGCCACAAAUGUUUGGGUUACUAAACAGAUAAUUUCCUUUAGUUAGUUAUUGUCUUUAGUUUUUGUAAUACAAUUCAGAAUGAUGCAAUUAAUUAAUUAAGGUUAAUUUCAGAUAAUAGAUUUUUGAGGAAAAAAGGAAAAAUAUUGUUUUGUAUUGUUCCAAGUAUACUUUUUAUGUUUCACUGGUAUAUUAAUUAUUACUGAUAAUUAUCAUAAUGUUUGAGUUACUAAACAUUAAUAUAUAAGAUAAUUUCCUUUAGUAAGUCACUCCCUUUAGUUUUUGUUAUAAAAUUCAGAAUGAUGUAAUUAUUUAAGGUUAAUUUCAGAUAGUAGAUUGUACUAUAAAAAAUAGUUUAAAAUUGACCAAGUAUUAUUUUUUAUGUUUCACUGGGGUACAUUGGUUAUUACUAGUAAUUAUCAUAAUUUCACACUGUUAAGUAUAUUUUAGAUAAAUGUAAAUCAAUUUAAAUGUGUUUACUAGCAAUAAAUUGUAGAUGUAAAUUAGUAUAGAUAAUGUUGUAAGUUACUAUUUUUAUAAUACUGUACAGUUACAAUUAGGAUUCAUUUAUGUAAUAAACAACUGUUAAAAAAUUAAUUAAAU